AUGUCGUUGCCAAAGUAUGCCCCGCUAUUGAUUCUCCUCGUGAUUUGCUUAUAUCAAUCUAGACCCUGCAAAGCACUAAGCACGCCUCUCAGCAAAUCCUCCUACGAAUCCAUCAAUUCGUCGGCCAUUUCCAAACUAUCCCAGCUUCAAUGUGCUCUACAGAUUUCGGUGGGACGAAUUCCUGGGACGGCCAUGCCCAAAGAAUGGGCCGCUUCGGGAGCUCGAUUGGCAUUUUCGUUGGAAAUUGAAUUCACGGACGAACUUUGUUCCGAUUAUGAAAUGACCAAGGAAUCUCUGUUGCAACAAGCCACCAAGAAUCCACGAUUGGUGGUGCCGUUGAACGAACCAUCCUUUGUCAGUACCAAAGGACAAGAGAAGAUUGUUGUCAAGGAAGGUGCUUUUGGAUGUCAAUUGCAGACUCCACAAGCUCAGCAAUAUGCCCUUCGAUUCUUUUUGGACUUUCCCAAUGGGGCCCAACGAAACGAUGUCACCUUGCCGUCCGAACGAAUCUACUUUUUGUGGUCCUGUUGGAUUAUGAACGAAGCGAGUAUUGACAUGGCAGAAGGAUUAAAGGCGCGUCUAGAGGAACGGAUUGCCGAACUUGGACAACAACUGGAAGACUUUCAGAGCAAAAAUGUCUUGGAAAAGGCCAUGGGAAUGCGACAAAAUGUAUUGCUGGUCGAAAAGAAGGGCAAAAUGCAGGCCCAACUGGCAGAAGUCAUCAACACGUAUCCACUCGCCUCUAAUCCAAUGGAACUAGCCACGGGACCAAACGGUCUCAUAUUUCCCAAGGAGGGAGUCAUUGCCGUCAAGCGAUGGGGAGGUUCAUUGGGGACACGAGAACAAUACCAUUGGGUCGGAACCUUUACCUUGAAGGAAUUCUUUGAAGACGCUGAGGAGGAGGAAGGUGACGAAGAGAAAUCGGCGGAAAUAGGAAACACGCAGUAG